AUGGGUCGAAAUGAAAUUGUACGAUAUGAUGAAUUGAUAAGUCGGUCAAUCGGUCUAAAUAGAAGAAAUGAACGGUUGAAUGAACGGUUGAAUGAACAAUCGGUAGAAUGGACAGGUCGAUUGAUUGUUCUAAAUAGAAGGUUAAAUGAACGACGGUUUGAAUGGACAGAUCGAUCCGUGGGUCAAAAUACAAAUGAGUGGUUAAAUGAACCGACACUUCGAGAUGAAAAUGACAAGAAGCUUAAUCCUAAAGAAGAAUUAGAGUCCUUUUUUACAAAUUGGACAAAUCGUGUUGAAGUAAUUGAAAAAUAUAAAGAGUUGGGUGUCGUUAAAAAGUUUGAAAUUAUUGACUUUUAUGAUUUUGAGCCAUAA